CCAUCCAACUUCUGGCGACCGCCAUGAACGGCGAGAGCGACCACGACGACAUGGACACGCGGAAGCCGCUGCUGGUGAACACGGGGUGCUGGUGGUACGCCACACGAAAGUCCCACGUCUCCGCAUUCCUCUGCACGCUCGUCGUCGCGCUCGGCCCCGUCCAGCUCGGCUUCACGGGUGGCUUCUCCUCGCCCACGCAGGACGCCAUCACUGGCGACCUCAGCCUAUCCAUCUCCGAGUUCUCCGUGUUCGGCUCGCUCUCCAACAUCGGCGCCAUGGUUGGGGUCUUGGCCAGCGGGCAUAUGGUGGAGCACGUCGGCCACAAAGGGGUGAGUUUUUUUUUCCUUGACCUGCUUGCAAAUGUAGCAUAAUUGGUUAUCUUCAAGGCAGUUUUCUCUUUCCUCUUUUGA